AUGAGCUCAGCAGAUAGUUACUUAGCUGUAUACAGUAGUUUGAUAGAAGAACAAGGGAUAUCAAGCACCUUGGAGCGCAGUUUGCCUGUAAUUGAUGAGGAGACUUGUAACUUGAAUGAGAUGAAAGCAGAAAAUACAAGAAGAGAAAGCGUUGGAUGUUCCCUUGAUUCUUUAUUUGGUGAUUGUGUUGUUAAAACCUCAUUGGACAAAUUUCAAUUUCCAGAUGCUGUAAGUAAAGAGUCCACUGAUGUCAAAGGGACAAGAAUUGGUUCAAAGAAUAAGCUUGAUUUGUCAACACCCAAAUCUGCACAAACUGUUACAACUUCGUUUUCAAGAAUUGUGGGAUUUGAAUCUGGUAAAAAGGAUUCAUCCUCAGAUGCACUUGAUGGAGCUUCAACCAGACAGGUAUAUGAAAAAGUAACUGCUGUGCCUAUGGCCAGGAAAAGGAUGUUGUCACCACUGAACAAUAUGCUUUCUUCUCAACCAUCUGACAAUGGUGACAUAGAUAUAGCCUCCUGCAACAAUCACCAAGUUUCUGGUAAUGUUAAAGCUGAUGAUCACAAGAUCAAGCUUUACAAGAAAGCAAAUACCUCUAAUCUUGUAUGGCCUGUAUCCGAUGGGCCAGUUCUUGAUGCAAAUGAAGUGCCAUUCUUUCCACCUGGAUUUAAGGAUUUUAAAGACUCAAGCAAGCAAAGAUUGCAGACCAGGCCUAUCCCAAUAUCCACAGAUAAGUUGACCUUGUUGACCUGUUCUUCUUCAUCUCCCCUUGGUCCAAGAUCUUCCAAUGAAAGAAAACAUUCAUCAUCCAACAAUGUGGAGAAUCCAGAUGGAGAAACAAUAAUCUCAGGUACCAUAUUUGCAUCAAGCGAAGUGGAUUACAGGAUGCCAAGCAAUUCACUUGAAGAAAUCAGCUAUUUAUGUGAGGAAAUUGGAUCAUCAUGUUCUCCUAAAAGUUACACAGGAAAGAGCUGGCCUUUCCACAAACACAAAGAGUUAGGAUUUCGGAAGUUAAGGCAGAAAUCAAGGGGUCUUCCUGUUAGGAGAUCAUUAGUUGGUUCUUUUGAAGAAUCACUGUUAUCUGGCCGACUCUCAUCAGGAGACAUUAACAAGAAAAUCGAUGGUUUUCUAGCUGUUCUAAGUGUAAAUGGGGGAAACUUCUCACCAAAAGCACGCAAACUUCUCUUUGCAGUUACCAGUGUUGAUGGAGAUAGUUACUUACUGUACCAUGCUUCAAUAGAUCUUGCAGGAAACAACUUAUCAAGUAGCAUUCUUCACAAUGAUGAUUCUCAAAAUGCUAAAAGCCGUUUGCGCAUUCCAAUGAAAGGUCGCAUACAACUGGUUUUAAGCAAUCCAGAGAAGACACCUCUUCAUACUUUCUUCUGUAAUUAUGAUUUGAGCGACAUGCCAGCUGGCACAAAGACAUUCCUACGACAUAAGGUCACCCUUGCAACUUCCAGACAGGGCACAGAAGUGUGCAAUGGUGAUGGUUGCCAGGUGGAUGGUGACAUGGCGUCCAGUGUAUGUUCUUCAAGGGUGAAUGGAAAUGCUGCCAUUGUUGGUGCUCUACGCUAUGCUCUUCAUCUUCGUUUUCUAUGUCCCCAUAGAAAAUGCUCAAGAUAUGAAAAGAAUAAGUUAGAUAAUGAUCAUUUGGAGCGUAAGUUUUUCUUGUGCAGUGAUUUGAAGGUGGUGUUCCCACAACGCCAUUCAGAUGAUGAUGAAGGGAAGUUAAUUGUGGAAUAUCAUUUUCCAGAAGAUCCAAAGUACUUUGAUAUCGGGUGAUGACACCGUAUAUGUUGUUGUGUAGGUUUGUUUUUAUAGAGGAUAUGUGUACAUGGGGUUGGUGAAUUUUGAUUUAUAUAUAUAUGGAUGUUGAUUACUUAUGUUGUGGUUGUCUCAUUUGUGAUGUAGGUGAGGCACCAUAUAAUAUAUUAUACACAUAUACAUAUAUAUAGGAGUUAGAAAAUAAAUGUGAAGGACUGUUUGUA